UUACCGGCGAGUGUCAUUUAAAUGACAUUAUUGGCCCACCAAAUCUACUUAGUAUUAUAUUAUCAUACACUAGAACGGACUUUUUCUAGUAAGAUAUAAGCCAUUGUUUUAUUAGGUUAGUUAGUUACAAUCCGAACGUCCUUUUCGUCUCAGUGAAAACGUUAAGAAUUUACACCAUCAGAUUUUCUCACAGUAUUUCUUGUAGUUGUUCCCCUCUGAAGAUUUUAAUGUUUCAGCUUACUAAUAGUUUUCAGUAAAAGUACCUAUUUCUUAGUGUUUUAGUAAAGUAAAUGAAUUUCUUGCCAGAGUUUUAAUAUUCGAAUGAAGCAUUAAUGUUAAUGUUUUGGUCGGUCCCUAUUGUUUAGCCCUUUCGUCUACUCUAUUUCCACUGGACAUAACAAGAAAAAAGGGAAAUUACUUUUUUUUAUUACACACGGUUUGUGACGUGAAUGACCACCAAUGCAACGUGCACGAGAGUGAAAAUAGUACGCAUACAAACAUGCCUCAUAUUUACAACGCCCGAGGCAGCAUCUCUCAUGUGUGUUGAUUUAAAAAAAUUUACUAAGCGAAAAUAUGUAUUUUUAGAUGGCCAGUACAUAAGCCACCUACUGAAAAGAGGGAGUUUUCGUACAAUUUUUCUUUUUUUACUUUUUGUCACACACAAUUAGUGUGUGUGUAUUUUUGUUUUGUUUUUGUUUUGCAAACACGCUCUACUCUAUACCAGUGUUAACGGUACAAUCAUCACCCAAGAACCGGGCAUUGGAUAAUGGUAAGCGAGAACAAUCUCUCCAACAGGAAGUUUGUUAUGGCGAACAUGUUGUGUUUUGUUUAUUUUCUUCAAUGUGCUUAAUGGUAUGUUUUUCCUUUCGUUGACUGACCACAAUUAAAUGGAAAGCAAAUGAGAUGAUCGUUACGAAAACGGUGACACGCGCUUUCCAAUUUGUCGCAAGUAAUGAUAGGUAAUUAUUGAGCUGCACUUGUUUGUUAACUUGCACUUGCAAAAUGCCUUUUUAAAAGUUUAUUAACGCUUCCACCAACGUUACGCACGCCCAUAAAAAUACAAUCUUGACAAACAGACUGACUUUUGUGUAUUACGCACUCACAGGCGAAGAUUAGGACCAACACCAAGACAGCCCGCUCUUUUGCUGUUUAUUUGCCUUUACCUGCAAAUGUAAUACGUGCAUAUUUGCUUCAUGCCCUGCCGCCAUGUCCAUGCUUUCAGUUCAAUGUACGCAAUUGAUACGCUUUUGUGUUUUUGCGUUCCAAGAACGGCGGAGACUUUUCCGUCAAAUUCCAAGGCACUCCGGGUGCCAAGGGGUAUAAAAAACGCGUGAGUGCACCGUGCACUCGUGGUUCACUCACGAGUGAAGCUUUCUUUCCCAAUUUUGCGCUGGAUGCUGUGGAUGCUGCGUGAGCGAAUACGUGUGUAGAGUAGGGAAGCUUUCACGGUUUUGGUGAGCUUUUUUCUUCCAAAACUUUGCUCUCCGUUUCGAAGGGUAAUUUCUCGUCCUUUUUUUUAGCUUAAGCUCUCUUUUAUCUCUCACGUUAGUACAUACACACAGUUUGUACGGUGGAAAUUCCGCACCCUUUCUGGCUGGAUGGACGAUACAGAUGUAUUUAAAUGGUAGAAAAGAAAAGCGUUUCAAAAUGGAGUUCUCUGUGCUUUUUUCACUCUUGUUCCUCUCUCACGGAACAUUUAUCCCAAUUACAAUAAUAAACUAAAAAAAAGAUGGUCUAUCACCGUCAACCCUCGAAGUAUCCUUCUUCGACGAAACUCAUCUUCCAUUUUUGGGAGAGUGAGUGAAUGAGCAAAAGAUUUGUAGGCGCGCACCGCUCCGGAAAAGUGUUUUUGGAACAAGCAAGCACCGAAAAAAAAAAUGGGUGCGAGUUUUAAUCGAGAUCGGGAGAAGCUUGCAGGGCCCCAGAAGCAACACUCCAUCGCCGACGAAAGCUCGCGGAAGACGUAGUGCCCCGUGUAUCGGUCUUGUUGCCCUGUAGUGAAUUUUCCCUUUUCUUGGCUACCAAAGGAAUAUCAAUCGACAGCUGCCAUAAUCGGUCGGUCGAGUAAUCCGUGUGUGUGGCUGGCCGGCAGUGAUGUGUGAAGCAGUGAACAAAAGACACCAUUUGCUCGGUUAGCUAUAUAAUGAUGCUGCCUGUCUGCGUUUAGGCAAAUGGUUGAAUUCCAUCCCUUUACACUUUGUGACGCAGCAGGCAACGAAACGACGAAGUAGAGCAACAUAUACACCGAACAAAAAAAGGAAAGCAUCUCCCAAAAACCCAGUAACCUAUGGGAAAAUCAUCGUGUAGUGUGUUUUUCUCGGUGUACGUGUAUAGACACGCGUGUGACUAAGUGUGUGUGUGUGCGUGAUUGUGUUUGUCUCGUGAGGAAAAAGCUUCUCGCACCGUGUGCAGUGAACAUCAGCCGUACUCGGGGAUGUGAGUGGUGCUUGCUUGCGUGCGUGUGUGUGUGUGUGCGUUGUUCCUGCCGGGAAAAAAGGUGGUUCCAAAACGGGAACGUUUAGUGCCAACAGCAAGAAGAGAGCAAAAAAAAAAGCAGCAAAAGAAAAACGCAAACAUAGUGGGGAUGUUCCUUCUUGAGGCCGGUUUGCUGCCGUGGGCAGUGGAAAACCCUGCACCAUCCAUGCCAUUCGGUGUCCCGAUGAAACGAUAACGCCAAAACCCUUGAGAUUGUGUUUUUGUUGUUGUUUUUCAAUCCCCCUCCCCUCUGCCAGCCGCCUCCUCACUGUCACUACAAUCAGGCAUCAGGUACCAAGGAUGGUGCGGUUAGGAAGCUGUCCCAACGCUUCGCUGACAGUAAAAAUGGCCGUCGGGACGAUCCGUUGCCCCGGGGCGCACACGGUCGGCCGAGAGCGGCGGCAACUGUGGCGGCCUGCUUAAGUGCAAACCAACUGGAGUGGUGUAGUGUGUGAUAAAAAAAAGUGCAGUGCUGUAAAAACCGAAUCGUACUAAGCUAGUUCUCUUCGUACUGGACCUUCGUUUACGUGGUCUUUUCAUCCCUACGUCACAUCUCCGGUUACGCUACACCGUCAGCUUAAAGACGCCCUGUUCUCUGACAGUUUCCCUUACACGGGAAGAUUCUCUUGCUUCCCGCCAUGGAGUGGCAAGGUACGUGAAAAGCAUAUUUUUUUGUGGAGAAUACAACGGAAAACCCUGGCUGGGAAAUGGAAACGCAAGGUGUGGUAUUUCGUAACACCAGCCACACACCGUUGACCGAAAAUCAGAACCGAUCCAGCAGUCGGAAACUGUACGGUUCGACCCGUUCCCAGCACGCAAAUGAAAUGUGUAACAAAAGAAAAAACUUCCGGUUGAUUUGAUUUUAAAACAAAAAAAAAACAAAAAACGCUAAUGAGUGCACCAACUAAACCCGUCGACGGCGACGUAAAUUCAAUUCCGGGUGUAGUAUAUUUGCAGUGAACGGGAGCGCAGUCCUUUUUUUGCUGUAGGCUGCUACACGUACGCAGCCUAAAGCAUUCGGUGAGCGGUGUGUGUUUUUGCUCGUGUGGUGAACAGGACGCUCACCGCGUGAGAAAGAGCGCAUCGAGCGGAACGAUGAGUGAGAAAAGCUUCCUGUGUCGUGUGUUUAUUACGCCGAUUUACGCGAAAACGGAAGCUGCCUGUAACGCAAUGGGAAAUAAACGCCUAAUGGUAGCCGAAACGUGUCGGCUGUAAAUGGUGGUGUGCCGAAGUGAGUGAGUGAGUCAAGAUCAAGUGAAAAAGAGAACGCAAAACAAAAAGUCGAAUAAGAAAAAGCAGAAUAGUUUCAUUUUUCACCGUUUUUUUUUCAUUGUUGUUGCUGUUGCGUUUACAAACGGGAUGGAAAUCCGAAGAACAACAAACAACCUGCCGCACAGUGAGUUUAGCGGUCGGUGUAGACUUUUAACGAAUGUACUGCGCAAGAUGGCGCCCGUGAGUGAAAACCGUACCGUGUGCUCACGUAGUGUGCGGUUUCGCUCGAACGUGCUACUACUGGGGACGUGUCUAACGGUUAGCGUUUGGUUGAUCUUUGCACCAGCCGUGCACGGACAGCGCCCGCUUGGUAACUCUACCUUCGGGGCGUCACACAACUCGUCCGGCGUCAUUAACGUCCAUCCGGUGCUGACCACCAGUACCACUUCCACCGAGGCACCACGCUCCAUGUUUCCCGCGUCUGCGUCCGGGUUUGAGGAUUCGUUCGAGGACGAUAGCUCCGAUCUGGAGGAGCACGAUCACGAUGAGCACGAGCAUCAUCAUCACGAGCAUGGUAGCGUUGGACACAGUAGCGGCAGUGGUGGUCCUGGUGGUGGUGGAGGCAUCGGUGCCUUUCCACAGCCGAAUGAAAUGAAUGCCGGUGCGAGCCGGAACGGGGGCCACGAUGGAGCACCGAUCGGUUCCCGGCAACCGGGCAGCCGACUGAUCAAUCCCUACUUUCCGACGCCCGCCUCCACGCAGGGUGGCUCCAAGACGACCGAACCCCAGAACGUUCGACAGUUCAAUCCGGCCCGGCCCGGUAGGGGACGCAAACAGUCCUCGAUCAACGUGUUGCACAAGAUGAACAAAGCUUCCACCAACAUGAACGGGCUGGAUUCGGGCGGUGAGCCUAUUUCGUACGGUUCGACAACACAUCGCCGUGGCCAAACGGUACACCACGCCGGUGCGAACGCGUACGGCCAGGAGAAUGCCGGCGAACGAGGCACGUCGGGUGGAGCAAGUGGCACGCCAGAUAGGACGGAUGCGCGGGGAAGCAACGUACAGCAGGGUGGACGAGGUGCUGUCGCUUACGGUAACCGUGGUCGAUCCGAUCCGGGCCGUGGAGUUGGGGUCGUUCUGCAAUCACCCGGUUAUUCCAUGGGCGGUUCAUCCUACAGCCGCCAGGGAGAUGAUCCGCUAAGGACGUUACGGGCCCGUUACAACGAAGAGCGAUAUCACAACUCCGUCCCAGAUCAGGGCUCCGAGAUGGACGAGAUACUGGGCAUGAAGUGUAACUUCGAGACGGAAUGUGCGUGGACGUGGGACGAAAAUGAUCAGCACGGUUUCCAGGUGGUGACCGGCAUGAAUCUAACCGAAUCCAACCGGACCGGGCUGAUGCCGGGCCCGGGUGCCGAUCCGGCCCAUAAUGCUAACGGGCAUUUUCUUCACCUGCGGCUCACGCAAGACAGUCAACCGCAAAUACUCACCUCGCCCGUGUUUGGUGCGACAAAGGAGAACUGCUAUCUGGAGGUGUUUACGCACCAAAGUGCGAUGCAUCACGGUAGCAUACGUAUCGUGAUUGAGACGAUCGGCAACCAGGAAUCGAGCUGGGUACCGGCAGAAAUCAUGGGUAACGAUCUGCGACGCUGGCAACUGAACACAUUCCGCAUCGAUCGCAUCUCGAAGGACUUCAAGGUGCUGUUUGAGGUGGUACCGAACAAGAUCGGUGGACAGGCGCGUGGACACGUUAGCAUCGAUAAUCUGCGUAUGGUGCAAUGUUUCCCGGACUCGAUUAGCACCAACAACUGUAGCUACUCGCAGGUGCAAUGCACGGCCAGCAAGGUUCCUGUAUGCAUCAAAACACCAAAGAUCUGUGACAUCACAGUAGAUUGUGAUGAUAGCGAGGACGAGACAUUAAAUUGCGACAAAAUUCCAUUCGGUGGUCGCUGUGAUUUCGAGUUUGGUUGGUGUGGGUGGCAAAACUAUGGCAACGUUAUCCUGUCCUGGGCUAGACACACCGGUCCAACACCGACAGAGAAGACGGGCCCCGAUAUGGAUCACACGCACGAGAACUCGAACGUAACCGGAUAUUACAUGCUGGUUAAUAUGAAUCAGCAUGUGAAUGAUAGUGAGAAGCGAACACUCGUUGGAUUGGCCAGUAAUGCGAUCAUGAACAGUGUCGUCUUUAACCCUCCACCGUUGGUACAUACGAAUGCUAGCUCACCGUAUAGGAACUCCUGUGUGGUCCGAUUCUACGUCCAUCAGUACGGCAUGAACCCGGGUAGUAUAAAUUUGUCCAGCGUGGAGAUCCGGGAGAAGGAAAACUUCACCACAACGCUCUGGUGGAGCUCGAAGAAUCUCGGCGAAGAUUGGGUACGGGUGGACAUCAUCUUACCAAACGUUACGACAAAGUACUAUCUACAGUUCGAGGCUCGUAUGGGAAUGCGCAUCUAUUCCGAUGUAGCGAUCGACGAUUUUUCGCUUAGCCCGGAGUGCUUCGGUUUGAAUAUACCGGCGGAACAUCUACAAGGGUACAACUACUGGGAUCCACGGAUAGGUGGUGCCAAGCAACCGCACAAAGAUUUCGCUGGAAAAUCAUUCCUGGAACUCAACACUUGCGGUGCAAAGGGACAGUAUGGACCGACACCGGCCGAUUGUCUGUCGUCUUACAACAAUACAGAAGCACUCAGUGCGGUGCACGUCAUUGACAGCCAUCCAUUUAAAGGAAUCCAGGCGUGGAAGGUUCCAAACGAAGGUUACUACACGAUUAUUGCAAAAGGUGCUGGAGGUGGUCUUGGAUCCGGAGGUGUUGGUUCUUCUCGCGGUGCGAUGGUUCUGAGUGUGUUGGAACUGCACAAGGAUGAGGAAAUAUACAUCCUGGUAGGACAGAGUGGAGAGCACGCUUGUAUCAAAUCGAUGGGCUAUCGGGACGAAUCGUGUGAGAUGCGAAACAAGCAGCUUAACAUGGACACGUGGAUGCACUCGAAAACGCAGCAGGUGAAAAACACGAUCAUUGAGGAAGGUGCUGGUGGAGGCGGUGGUGGGACAUAUGUGUUUUUGUUGAACUCUGCCAACACAGCAGUCCCAUUGCUAGUGGCCGGUGGUGGCGGUGGACUCGGUGUCGGUCGUUAUUUGGAUGAUGAUAUUCAGCAUGGAAAAAAGUAUCUGUCAUACAAAAAGGACGUCUCGGGUACUGCACACGGAGAACUUAACCGGCAAGCCGGACCAGGAGGUGGUUGGCGUGCUCAGGCCGAUAUGGGACUGCAGGCACACUAUGGCGCAUCGCUACUGGAGGGUGGUCGAGGUGGAAUGCCAUGCUAUACACAGCGAGGCACCCAUGGACAGGGUGGGUUUGGUGGUGGUGGUGGCGGAUGUGAUACUGGAGGUGGUGGUGGUGGCUACUCCGGUGGUGAUACGAUGAUUAACUCUACCAACGGCGAAGGCGGGUCGUCCUUUAUGGCAUCCAAGCGUAAUGUGCCAGAGCUGUCGAUGGAGUUUUCCGGUGCGAACGGUGGUCACGGAGCCGUACUGAUCAUUCCCGCCAUACAGGGCUGUGGGUGUGACUAUCGUUGCGUGGCAUUGGACGAAUACCGGGCAACCGUGGGUUGCAUCUGUCCCGACGGGUGGACACUAAAGCCGGAUAAUUAUACAGCGUGUGAAUUGCCCACGGAAACCGUGGAAAUGAAGUACCUAAUUAUGUUCUUUGUCGUCGUCGUGCUCGUACUCUGUGCCGCACUGGCUAGUCUCAUACUGAUACUUUAUAAUCGUUACCAAAGAAAGCGUCAGGCUGCUCUGCGCCAUAAGAUGCUGCUGGAGCAGGACCUGCAGCUUAGCCGGCUGCGCAGUACAGCCGAUGAUUCGGCACUGACCAACUUCAAUCCGAACUAUGGUUGUGAUGGCAUACUGAAUGGGAAUGUGGAUGUGAAGAGUCUGCCACAGGUAGCUCGUGAAAGUUUGCGUUUGGUGAAAGCUCUUGGACAGGGUGCUUUCGGUGAGGUGUACCAAGGUCUCUACCGUCAUCGAGAUGGUGACGCGGUGGAGAUGCCCGUGGCAGUAAAAACAUUGCCAGAGAUGUCCACUGGUCAGGCGGAGUCUGAUUUCUUGAUGGAGGCGGCCAUUAUGGCAAAGUUUAAUCAUCCAAACAUUGUGCAUCUCAUAGGUGUCUGUUUCGAUCGCCAUCCACGGUUCAUUGUGCUAGAACUUUUGGCCGGAGGUGAUCUGAAGAACUUCCUCCGGGAGGGUCGUAAUAAACCGGAACGUCCAUCGCCGCUCACGAUGAAGGAUCUGAUCUUUUGUGCGCUAGACGUUGCCAAAGGCUGUCGGUACAUGGAAAGCAAGCGUUUCAUACAUCGUGACAUAGCUGCUCGGAACUGUCUGCUCAGCAGCAAAGGUCCUGGCCGCGUGGUGAAGAUUGCUGACUUUGGUAUGGCCCGUGACAUCUACCGCUCGGAUUACUACCGCAAGGGCGGUAAAGCGAUGCUACCGAUCAAGUGGAUGCCACCGGAGGCGUUCCUCGAUGGUAUCUUUACCUCGAAGACAGACGUCUGGUCUUUCGGUGUGUUGCUAUGGGAAGUGUUCAGCCUUGGUCUGAUGCCCUACACCGGUUUACCGAACCGCGAUGUGAUGCAGCUGGUGACGGGCGGUGGACGGCUCGAUGCACCGCAAGGUUGCCCGAUGGCCGUGUACCGCAUCAUGGCCGACUGUUGGAAUCCAACACCGGAGGAGCGGCCAUCCUUCUCGAAUCUGCUCGAACGGCUAACAACGUGUACGCAGGAUCCAGAGGUGAUGAAUGCUCCGCUGCCGAGUUUCUUCCGACCACCAUCAAAUGAGCGUGAUACGACGAUAAUGCGCCCACCCGGUAACGAUGACUUCUGUCUACAGGUGCCCAACUCCUCCGACUAUCUGAUACCGCUACCGGGUCCACGUUCCGUUGCGGAGCGCCUGCUGAGUGAGGCGACCGGUGUCACUAUUCCAGACACACUGAUGACUUGUACGCCACCGAAGAACGCCUCACCGCGUAUCGUUAACGGCCAUACGGUGAUGGUGUCGAAUGCGCUGGUAGGACAUGGUGCUCCUCAGCAACAACCACUUACAACCGUUACCGAUGGCGCCUGCUGGGAAACGUCCUUUAUUCGUAAGCACCCCGGACAGGCUUGUCCGGCCGGUGUUCCAUUACCACCACCGCCGGUGCUAGAUCCGGCCGAAGCAGUCCUUCCACCAAACGGUCCAUCGAUGGUUCCACCUGUGCCCGAUGUUGCCGAUAAGCUUAUUUCCCUAGAUACUCCACAACAGACACCGACGGCUAUACAGCCGCCUAUUUCGUUCAGUAAUCCGGUGAUCGGUGAACUUGGAGAUGGAUCACCACCGGGACAAACCAAUGGUGGACCGAUGACGAAUGGUAACGGUCACAACCAUGGUCCGCCGAUGGUGGAAUCACCGAUGGAAACAGCGAAGUUGCUCAGUAGUAUACCGCCACCAAUAACGCUCGAUCCGGCUGCGCUUAGUAUGCAGCAGAACCAUGUAGUCGGCACGUCCUAUGCGAAUAUCCGUAUGAUGAGUAAUGCGAACGGUAACGGAGCCAACCACAACCAUAGCAACCACAACAACAACAACCAUGGAGAUCAUGGUGUUAUCGUGGAUAAGCUUACCGGUACAGGUGGCAUCGUGAUGACGGGCUUAACCGGAUACAGUAACGGUCCGACGGGUAAUGGUGGCGUUAAUGGUGGUAAUGGUGGUGGCAAUGGUGUUAAUCAUAGCACAAACGGUCACCAUGGCCAUGGCCACGGUGGUAAUGGUAGUAAUGGCGGAAGUGAUAAAGGAUCAAUCGGUGCCGGUCAGGAUCCUUCCCGACAGGCGGCACCCUUUACGAUCCAAACGUUUAGUGAGCGUUACAUCAGCCCGGAAAAUCAUUCCGAGAUCAGCUGUUAAAAGGGUUUCGAUGAGGUGGAAUGAAUGUUUGCAGCAAAAAAAAAACAUAAUUUCUUCGAUAAAUCACCAUAACGUGCGAGGACAUACAUCCAUGUCAACUAUGUGAAGGAUACUGAAGAAACACAUACACCUACACACCCACACCUAUAUAAAGUAUCAUUGGUGGACAUCCAUUGGCCGCUAAUUUGAAAAAGUAUUUCGUAACGAAAAUCAAUAUAUAUACAAUAUACACAUAUGUACUAACUAUAUAAAGAAAUGAAACAACACUCACAGACACGGGGACAACCCGAUAUACAAAUGCAUUAUUUGUACAUAUAUUUGCGUAACAUUAGAAGCGGUUGAUAGAACGAACAAGAAGAACAAACAAAAUGGUUAGAAUAUAUUUAUAUGAAACGCUACAAAACAAAGCGAGGUUGAGUUUUGUUGGGAUACGGUGACAACCAGUAAAAGAAAAAUUGAUGUUAAACAAGCGGAAUGAUGUUUCGUUGUCCGAAUUAGUCCACCGAGUGGAAUUGAAAUCAAAUGCAAAACAAAUACAGUAAGAAAGGAAACUCUGAACUAGUAAAUGUCUAAGCAAACGAAACAGCACGUGUAGAACAGCUUAUCAACGCAAAAACAUAAUAACAAGAUCCCCAUACAAAAAGAAAAAGGAAACCUCCCCCUCCAGCAAAGCGCAAAUCGCAUAAGAAAAACAAACAAAGUGUCAAAUGAUACUUAAGCAAGUGUCAAGUACUUGGCCCGUUUGUUUGAUGCUACACUAAAAACACUAACACUUCAAAACGGGUUUUUUGACAGAUGGCGUCUUUUGCGUGAUGAGCAUGGUGUUACUCUUCCCCCCGGUAUAGGGUGAAUGAUUUCUACAAUUUGUUAAAAAAAAGGGAUGCAGAACAAUUGUGACAAACCGUUGGUAGUUAUAGAUCGUCGGUAUGGUGUUUCACCGCAUUAGCUAGGGGCGAGCUUAUCCCGUGUUUUAACAACGACUAAUUCACACCAAGUAGAAACUGACAGAUUGCGGAAGAACCAGGUUUGGCAUAUAUAUUCUCCAAUACACUAUUGAUUUUGUUGCACUAAUAGGGAGACAAACUGAUAAGUUUGUUUUUGCAUUUUUUGAGCAUUUGUAUUGGCUUUACUGAAGGUUUUUUUUUGUUACAAUACUUUUCCUUUCAAGUUUCACUGAAAAACAUCUCCAUUUUUUGCCUGUAUUUAUGAGCAAGUAAGUAGAUUAUUAUAAAAUCAAGUAAACAUAACGAGUUGCUCAAAAGUUACGUCUCUUUUACAAAAAAGGAAACAGUAAACUGUUGCGUUUCAGCAGACGAGGGUUGUGAUGGAAUUAGCGAACAACAAGAAACACACUUCAUUGUUUUUUGUAUGAUUUUCUUUUUAAAUUGGAAAAACAAAUUAACCCAUGUUAAGAUUGUUAUAUCUGUUUGUUUCAACAACUGUGUGAGUGGGAGAACAUGUCGAAAAUAACAGAAUUAAGCGUUGCAUUUGCUAGGUGAGAUUGGGCAUUCGUUUGUUUUGUCAUACAGCUGUAUAUGUUACCUGUAUAGCGCCCGCAUAGUAUUGUUAAUUAUAUUUGAAAUUAUUAAACAUUAAGUAACCGAACCGAAGCGUUGCUGGCAAAACGAUGGCAAACAGCCGAGUUUUGGGGCGUUCACGUUGUUGGUAAACUCAUUAUGAAACUGGUUAGUGAGCAUGUCGAAGCAAGUGGAAAAAUGGAAUGGAUCUUCGGAGAUUAAAAAACAAAACAUGCAAAAACGAAGGAGAUAAAAGCAACACGUUUGAGGCGUUUGAGAUGCACACACGAAAGGAGUCAACAAUGUCAAUAAUGUCACCGAACAUUCGUAUGCAAGAUACCGAGUUUGUUUGGUUAAUUCUGUGUGCGCUGGCACAGCCCCCAUUAUCUGAUCGGAAGCGAUCAGCACCGAUCUAGCAUAAAGCAGCUUCAAUCCAAUGGAUGUGUGUCCUUGUUUUAAGGAUAAAAUGGCUCACGUAGGCUCACCUCUUCCUAUUGCCAUCAGUGGAUGUGUAUCGGUGUAUUUGGUAGUAGAGAGAGAGAGAGAGCUGUUGAAGUACUGUCGAGGUUUUUAGCUGUAAGCAAAAGUCCCACACGCAUUACCGUACAUUAUACGCUAGCAAAGAUCCGUAUUUCGGAGCUUUUCACUAGCGGAAUGAAUUCUCUGAUGCCAAAACUAGAAACAUGCAAGCUCACUGGAAGUAGUAGCCACGAACGAACGAAUCGAAAGACACGCUCAAACAAAUGGAAACAAACUUGAACAUAGCGGUAGAGCAAAGCAAAGGUGGACGAAGAGAGCGAUAAAAAAAGGUAAAACAAAACCAAUCUAAACUAAAUGUAACUUUGUACACACAUAUGAACAUUGCAGAAUUAAUUUUGAUAGAAUUGUACAGGAUAAUCAGUUUGUAAAGUCGGGCUACGGCCGGUAUGCGGGAUCCGCUGUUCACAGUGGUACCCGACAGUAGGACGUGGCGUCCCGGGACAGUUAAAUGAAUAAACUAAAGCAAAUACACAGACACACCCAAAAACCGCCAUUAAAAUAGCAUGAAAACGAGAGUGAACCGAAGCAUUAGGUGUGAAUGAGACAUGUUUUUUAAUGUAUACAAAGUAAAUCUAAUGACAAACGUGGUACCGAUAAUACCGGCAUACUUAUAAAAGCAGAAAAAAAACCCUUUCGGGGUAAGCGUGUGUGCGUGUUAAGUGUUAUUAAGUGACUCAGCAGGAAGCUGCGUACAGUGCCGAGAUCGUAAAACAAACAAAAUGGAAUAUUCAAUAAAUAUUAAAUUAAUGGCACACUAUUCAGACGCUGCGAAUUUUCCCCCAAAUAUGGAUGUAAAUGAGUGUUGAAUACUGUGUUCCCUCCGGCGUCCCAAUCCUUUUCCCUGUCCAUAUCCUUUUAUCUAUCCAAAAUGAACGUGUGUUUUUUUUUUGAAGGAUUCGAACUGUAAUGUCCCGAUCGAAGGAUGAGAACAGCCGUUGUGAAAAUGCUUUAGAAUUGGACCGCUUUUUUCGUAUUCAUGCAGUAAGCAGAAAUAGGCAAAUAAUAACUAUACAUGUGGUGAGAACGGGUGGCUAUGGAACCACCCUUAUACAUACAUCUAAUAAUCAAAUACCUAUCUUAUAUACACAUACACUUACACACACACACAAAGAAUCGUGAUCGAUUCCGUUGGGCAGAAAUAUAUUCGAAAUUACCCAAAGGACGAUGUUAUUGUUUGUAACAGUUUUGUUUUCUAAAGACAAAAGCAUUUAUUUCUCAAUUUCGUAGUAGCAAAAGUUAAUUAAACAAAAUGAGAGAAAAAAAACCAAAAUUAGCACACCCAUACACAUUCACACAAAAAAUGGAUGAGAAAAUCCCGAUAAAAAUCGAUGAUCCAGUUGUUUAAUGACGCUCUGGUGGUGAUUUUCCCCAGUUCGAGUUCCUUCUGGAGGGAAGAAAACAGCGAACAGAUGGCUAGCGACAGAGUGUGACGUUUUGAUCAUUUUAGAAUGUUUGGAAUGAGAUAAAACAUGGAAGAAAGUGAACAAAAAGGUAUAUAUAUAUACAAACAAAACAUGAAAGCAAACUUAUAUUUAUUUUUAUAUAUUAGAAAACAACCAAUACGGGCCAGAAGAUUGGAGAUCAUUUAAUGUAUCUCGGGAGAUGUUAGACGGGGAAAAAAAUGAAAACUGUUGUGGGUAGAAAACAAUGGAACAAAUUUGUCCCAGACAAACAACACAACUUGAAAUAGGAUUAAAACCAAAACAACAAAGCAACAUAUAACCAAACAGAAAACACUAACAAGGUAUCCUAACGAUAGAGCCAACGGGCGCCAUUGAGAAUUGAGUAGAUAAAACCAGAUGAGAAAGAUAAGAUGCAAAAAGAGAAACAGAUUUAAAUAUAAGAAACGUAUGACACUAACCAUUCGUGUAGGCAAACCAACGUAUUCUACCUGUUACGGUCGGAAUAGGUGAAAGGUGGAACAAUAGAAAUGUUUAAAAAAACAACAACAAAAAUAUAUAUACAUAAAUUAAACCAAAAAAUGUGAAUGUGAGAAGAAGAGCAAGCAGUAAAACAACAGAAACGGAUCCAAGGUGAAGGUGAAACAUGCUUUAAUGACUUAUGUGUACAUAUAAUGAUUUAGUGGAACAUUGUAAAAGAAACACACAAACAAACAUCAACAACCAGACAUGAAAACAACGGAAUGGAUAAAUGGAACGCUUAGCAGGGCAGUAGGAAACAUAAGGGAAGAAAUAACAACGUACCGGUCGCAUCGAAUGUCCAAACGAUGGAUGGCCAUUUGAACGGGAAGGGAAGGAAGGAACGGAGGAAAAAUACCUCCCCACCCUCCUCCUUUCCAUCACCAUCGUCAAGCAUUCCGGUUGUCCAUGUUGCGCUAGGAUAUCGUUACUGCAGUUGUGCCCCGUUGUAGUGAAUAAAAGAGAACAAAAAUACCGUCUAAAUAAACCGUAUGUAACUAAAAGAAAACAGCAACAGAAAACCCUUACCGAAUUCAUUCAUGUUGCAGUGGUAAAUAAAGAAGAAGAAAAAAACAACAACAAAGGGAAAUAAAAGUAAGGGAAAAGAGAAAGGUAAAACAAAGUGUGAAAGGGUGAAAAAUAUUAAUGUUAUUUAUUUAUUGAUAUUUAUGUAAAAAAAAAGAAAAGUAAAAAUGAAAAAAACAAAAAAACGAAACAAACCAAAAGACAAAAACAAACAUGCGAAACACACAAAACAAACAUAAAGAAACAUAAAUACCACUACUGAUAGGGAAAUUGACUGAGUGUGUCUAGUUGAACACGAUGGGGAAAGGGAUGGAUUAUAUAGAAGAAAAUGAAGAAAAAAAAGGCUAAGCAAAACAAACUAAAGAAAAUAUGAAACAAACGCAGAAACAAGGAAACAAUAGAGAAAACUCGAAUAAACUCAUCAAAACACACUGUUCAUACUGGACAAACAAAAAGGAAUUGCGAUGGAGGUAAGGAAUGAAAUUUACAACAAGAGCAGACAACAACACAGCCACUCACAAACCAACAUAAAAUACACAAACAAAAACAACACCAGAUAACAGUCGUAUAUACAUUAUUGCCGAGACCCCAUCCAUAAAAGGACACGCUCACCAAACGCGAAAGAAUGUUGUAAGGAAUCUUAUCAUAAACUGACUAAUAAACAAAUAAUGACAAACAAACAAUGAAUGUAAA